AUGUCUCAGACCAAGAGAUACACUUACAGCAGGACGACCAGCAGUGGCAGCAGCAGGAUGAGUUCUGACGGGGGAGGGCGGCCGGUGAAGGUGGGCUCGUUGGUGGAGGUGAUUGGUAAGGGCCAUCGGGGCACAGUGGCCUAUAUAGGCAACACUCUUUUUGCCUCUGGGAAAUGGGUUGGUGUCAUACUGGAGGAGCCCAAGGGAAAGAAUGAUGGGACUGUGCAAGGCAAGCGUUACUUCACCUGCCGAGAGAACCAUGGCAUAUUUGUUCGCCAGUCUCAGAUUCAAUUAGUUGAAGAUGGAGCAGACACAACUUCACCUGACACACCUGAGCCCGCCACCUCUAAAGUGCCAAAGCGAGAGAUCCUGGAAGCGCCCAAAUCCAGUAAAGUGCGAGGAGUCAAACCUAAGAAGACCACGGCCAGAAGGCCUAAGGCGAGGGCAGGGACGGGGGUAAAGGUGGGCUCCGGCUCGGCCUCGGCCGGAGAGAUGAGCAGCAGUGAGCCCAGCACGCCAGCUCAAACCCCAUUGGCUGCCCCUGUUAUCCCCUCCCCUGUGGGGACACUCCCAUCACCUGGAGCUCCGCCCAUUCCAGGCCCAACCAAGGAGGAGGAGUCUCUGCGAGCUCAGGUGAAGGAUCUGGAAGAAAAGUUGGAAACUCUCCGCAUGAAGAGAACAGAAGAUAAGGCCAAACUGAAAGAGCUGGAGAAACACAAGAUUCAGCUGGAGCAGCUGCAGGAAUGGAGGAUCAAGAUGCAGGAGCAGCAGAACGAACUGCAGAAGCAGCUGAAGGAAGCCAAGAAGGAGGCAAAAGAGGCUCUUGAAGCGAAGGAACACUACAUGGAGGAGAUGGCGGACACUGCAGAUGCGAUUGAGAUGGCCACUCUGGAUAAGGAGAUGGCCGAGGAGAGAGCGGAAUCUCUGCAGUUAGAGGCUGAUGCCCUUAAAGAGAAAGUGGAAGAGCUGACGAUGGACCUGGAGAUCCUCAAGCAUGAGAUAGAGGAGAAAGGCUCGGAUGGUGCAGCCUCCAGUUAUCACGUGAAACAGCUGGAAGAGCAAAAUGGACGUUUGAAGGAAGCUUUGGUCAGGAUGCGAGACCUGUCAGCCUCAGAAAAGCAAGAGCACUCAAAACUGCAGAAACAAAUGGAGAAAAAGAAUGGAGAACUAGAACUACUGAGAGCCCAGAAAGACAAGCUAAUGGAGGAGAUGAAGAUGGCCGAGAAAACCAUCGAUGAGCUCAAGGAACAGGUGGACGCUGCCCUAGGGGCUGAGGAGAUGGUGGAAAUGCUGACUGAGAGAAACCUGGACCUGGAGGAGAAAGUGCGAGAACUCAGAGAGACAGUCAGUGAUCUGGAGGCCAUUAAUGAGAUGAACGACGAGCUCCAGGAGAAUGCCCGGGAGACGGAGCUUGAGCUGAGAGAGCAGCUGGACCUGGGCGCGGCACAAGUCCGCGAGGCGGAGAAAAGGGUGGAGGCCGCCCAGGAGACCGUAGCUGAUUACCAACAGACAAUCCAAAAAUACCGUGAACUCACCGCUCACCUUCAGGAGGUGAACAGAGAGCUGAUGAGUCAGCAAGAGGCCUCAGCGGAACAACAGCAGCAGCCCACCGAAAUGUUUGAUUUCAAGAUCAAGUUUGCGGAAACGAAAGCUUACGCUAAGGCUAUAGAGAUGGAGCUGCGUAAGAUGGAGGUGGUACAGGCCAACAGACAAGUCGGUCUUUUGACCUCCUUCAUGCCUGACUCCUUCCUGAAACAUGGAGGAGACCAUGAUUGUAUCCUUGUUUUGCUACUCAUCCCAAGACUUAUCUGCAAGGCUGAAUUAAUCAGCAAGCAGGCCCAGGAGAAGUUUGAGCUGACGGAGAAUUGUGCUCAGCGGACUGGUUUGAGGGGUGCAGUGGGAGAGCAGCUUAGCUUUGCCGCCGGACUGGUCUAUUCACUUAGUCUGCUUCAGGCCACACUGCACAAAUAUGAACAUGCUCUGAGUCAGUGCAGUGUGGAGGUGUAUAAGCGGGUCGGUUUUCUCUACUCUGAGAUGUGUGUGCAUGAGCGUUCUCUGGACUUCCUCAUAGAUCUCCUGCACAAAGACCAGCUGGACGAAACUGUGAAUGUAGAACCACUCACUAAGGCGAUUAAAUAUUACCAGCACCUUUAUAGUAUACACUUGGUGGAUCAGACAGAGGAGUGCACCAUGCAGCUGGCUGACCAUAUCAGAUUUACCCAGAGUGCCCUGGACUGUAUGGCGGUGGAGGUGGGGCGUUUGCGGGCUUUCCUGCAGGCUGGACAGGAGGACACAACCCUGGCUGUCUUACUAAAGGAUCUGGACACCUCCUGUAGUGAUAUCCGUCAGUUCUGCAAGAAGAUCCGUCGCCGCAUGCCAGGAACCGACGCACCAGGCAUUCCUGCAGCGCUCAGCUUCAGACCCCAGGUGUGUGAGGUGCUGGCAGAGAGCAGGAGGCAGUUGGCCUGGGUCAUCGCCGUCCUACAGGAAGUGGCAGCAGCAGGAGCUCAGCUCAUCGCCCCUCUCAGUGAACAUGAGGGAAUGUCAGCACUUCAGCUGGAGGAUAUGGCCUUUAAAGCAGCCGAACAGAUCUAUGGGUCGCAAGGCAUAAACCCCCACGAGUGCCUGAGGCAGUCCUGCAGUGUUGUCAUAGCAACCAUGAACAAGAUGGCCACUGCAAUGCAAGAGGGAGAGUAUGACUCCGACAGACCACAGAGUGGGGUGGCGCCGGUAGAGCUGCGGGCGGCUGCUCUCAGGGCUGAGAUUACAGAUGCUGAGGGACUUGGCCUCAAAUUGGAGGACAGAGAAACAGUCAUUAAAGAGCUGAAGAAAUCUCUCAAAAUAAAGGGUGAGGAGCUGAGUGAAGCGAAUGUCCGGCUCAGUCUUUUGGAGAAGAAACUGGACAGUUCAGCUAAAGACGCUGAUGAACGAGUGGAGAAAAUCCAGACAACUCUGGACGAGACCCAAGCACUCUUGAAGAAGAAAGAGAAGGAGUUUGAAGAGACGAUGGAUGCCCUCCAGGCCGACAUAGACCAACUAGAGGCAGAGAAGGCGGAGCUAAAACAGCGGAUAAACAGCCAAUCAAAGAUGACCAUCGAGGGGCUAAGAAGUCCCACAUCUGGAGUGGCCUCCAUUGUUACCGGCAUCACUGGUGGUAAGGCAGUGAAUGGAGAAUUCACUGGUGUAUGCCCCACUGUUGGUGUUCAGGUAGUGGAUUCUCCAUUACUAACUCAGCAAAUCGCUGCCCAGAGACUCAGCAUCAAACACCUGAAGAAUGAAAACAACAGACUCAAGGCAGAGAAGAUGCGUGCCCAGUUGGCGUCUCUGCCCCCACUCUGUGUACCCAAGCUGAACUGGCGUGAAGGCAGUCGACCAGAGGUUUUGUCUAGUGCUCUCUACCGUAAAACUGACCAGCUUCUGGAUACGCUGCUCCAGAUGAGCGCCAAUGUGAAAGUAGUGGAUGUAACUGGCAAAUCCCCAGUGAGCCCCAGCGCCCAGCUACUGGAACAGACAGCCAGACUACAGAGCCUCAGUGACACUCUGGAGAGGCUAAAGGAUGAGGUGGCAGAGCAUGUGGUGACUCAGAAACCUGGUGCCCAAGUGCCGUCUGAUUUUGCCACUUUUCCUCGCACUUCCUUUGUGAAGGCGAAGGAGGAGAAGGAGAGGGACACAGUGCUGGUUGGUCGUGUGAUGGUUCCUUGCCCACGAGGGCAGGAGCAAGUCCAUCGGGUUGUUUUGUCACAGUCACAGCUCCAAAGAGUGCACCGCCUCCUUCUAUCAUAA